ACUUCCGCGUAACCCGAAGCAGUCUUGACUUCCUCAAAGGGAGUGACAGCAAAGUGCAGACUAGCUUCGGUAAUUUUUCCACUUCAAUUUAGUACCAGGUGUUGUAUCUGCAUUCCACUUUUACCCUCGCCAAUGUCCAAGCCCCCUCCCAAGCCGGCCAAGCCAGGCCAAGUCAAGGUGUUCAGAGCUGAGUUCACCUUUGACCCCAGAACGCCCGAUGAGCUUUACUUUGAAGAGGGAGACAUUCUCUACAUCUCUGAUACGAGUGACAGUAACUGGUGGAAAGGAACAUGCCGAGGGAGAACAGGACUUAUUCCGCGCAACUAUGUGACAGAGCAGGCAGAGUCUAUCGACCACCCGAUGCAUGAGGCGGCCAAACGAGGGAAUCUUUCCUGGUUGAGGGAAUGUGUGGAGAACAGGGUGGGAAUCAACGGCUUGGACAAGGCAGGCAACACUGCCCUCUAUUGGGGAUGUCAUGGAGGACAUAAAGAUGUGGUGGAACUGCUGCUAAGCCAGUCCAGUGUGGAACUCAACCAGCAGAAUAAGCUUGGGGACACUGCUCUGCACGCUGCUGCUUGGAAGGGUUAUUCUGACAUUGUCGACAUGUUGCUCAACAAAAAUGCGAGAACAGACAUCCGGAAUAACGAGAACAAGUUGGCGCUGGAAAUGGCCACCAAUGCACAGUGUGCGUCGCUGCUCAAGAGGAAGCUGGCAAGCACUAUUACCCGCUCGCACAGCAAUGCUGAGGAGUAUUUGGAUGACGAAGACUCAGACUGAGGAGGCGGAGCCCGUCAAGGUUUGAUCACCGACUAAUAAAUGGACCUUGUCACCUCCUUCAGCCUGGUUGUUACAGUGCAGUAACUCUAUUUUGAGAAAAGCCCACAAUAUCAUAGUAGUGCAAAUAGAAAAUUGAAACAAUGAAUGGUCUCUAGAGUGUUGCGGAAAAAAGGACCAAAACUGCAUCACCACAUUAACGCCACACUUUCAGGCUUUGAUUUGUAUGUGUGUGUGUAUAAUAAGAUUGUAUUUGCUUCUUUGUCAAAUUAAGAAAACUGUCAUGCCGCAUAUUUCUAAACGCUAAAAAAUUAUCCACUGCACUUCUUGCAUUUUUAAAUGGCACGCAAGACAAAAACAAAAGUUAAGUAAUAUUUUUUUUCCCGAACACAUGACCAAAUAACCAUCACCUUUUCUGCUUUGUGAUUGCUAAUUUGAAAUUGAAGAAUGAACGAUGAAAAGAUUUAAAAGUCUUAAAUUCUGUCAUGGGAACAAAGUCUUGUUGCUUUUAUGAGUAAUGUUCAUGGAAAAACCAAAGUGCCUUUUGUAUGUGUAAGCGACUCAAGUGUCUUGUUGGUGGCUGUGAAUUAUUUUCUUACAAAACACUUUAUUUCUACCUGCUUCUUCUAUUUGAAAUUAAAAGCGUUUUAACUUAAAUUGUUGUCAG